GCUCGUACGCAGAAUCAGUCUCGAAAGAGGUGGUAGCUCCGAGUAUGCAGAGUGGUCGGUAGUCUGAUUCAGUUCGUCGGACAGUAGGAGUAUCUGGACAAGGGCCACAGGCUCGAAGGCGCGAAAAUUACAAACAGAAAUCAUUGUUCGUAAAUUCUCAUAUGUAGUAUAAUAACAGUUCUUGUUAUUAGACGAAAAACGUAAAGACCACUUAAGUACAUUUCAGAAAUUAAUUGUGGUGUCGGGUAAUUGCGGAAAAGAAGCAACGGUUCAACAAUUCUGGCUGAUGGAAUUAAUGCUAUAAAUACUAAGUGCAUGUGGAUCAUCUUUGGAGCUUCAAAAUAACUAAAUUGAUUACACUCUACUUGUCCUUGGUACAAUAGGGCACGAGAAUGUAAAUAGACGUACAAACAAACAGAAAACUUUACAGAGGGCGUUUAAUGAACUGUGGACGUUCAAUACAGCUCUGUCAUAUUGUAUCACUUUGUGUCUGGUUGUUUAGCAAGAAAUACGACUUCUAUAAACUCGUGUAUUUCAUAUAAUCAUCAGUAAUGAAAAACAAACAAAUACAUUUUGUGUUCCAAGUUACGUUACAGUGAUAAAAGUUGUUUGCUUUUAACUGAAAUAAAAGUAAAGUUGUAGAUCAAGAUUUUGUUGCCGUCGCAGUUAGGUGCUGUCUACAAGAAAACACGUAAUAGGACGUUUAAUUUGUAAUACAAGCUCACAAAUCGAUACAGUGUCGUCGGUGGGUGGCAGUAGUACGUCGUCUGGAGGAUUGGUGUGUAGUGAACUGCUGUCCGUAACAUUUUACUGGGAAGGAUGACGGCUCGGCAGUAAACCUCUAUGCAGCCCAGUCUGAUAACAGCUCACGCGCGAAUCACGUCACCAGCUCAAGGACCUGCAGGAACGUACACUGAAGUGGAUCGAUUUCGGUUGUUACGAAAGAUGCGUGAGGAAUAACCACGUUAAUUCCGAUUGAUAGCUGUUAUCCGUUUCUGUGGAUGGCAGGCGAUAAAUCAACUGCUUUGUGUAGGCCUUCUGGUUACCAAAAGAAACUAGAAACAGAAUUCUGCAUCUUGAAGAGUCAUGGAACGUGGCCACAAAAUGCAUAUGAUUUCAAGAGAAACUGCGACAGAAUGUGAGCUGCAGGGUUGUUUCCUUCGUUCACUGAACAGCCGCAGUGGAAAUUCUUGUUCGGCUAAAACAGAAGGCUGAAGAAGUCGUGCCGUGACAAGAAAAAACCCUUGGAAGGCUGAGAAGCCGAGGUCUAGUGUGUGUUCCCCUGAUCUGACGGAUAGACCAAAACACGAGAAGACAUGCCUGGCUGCUUGCAAGUUAUAGGAGACGGAAGUGACGUUUUACUUCCAUCUCAGUGACCACAUCCUUCUUUGUUAUUAGUAGUUGACUCCUCUGUUGCGUUCUUCUUUUUUACUUGUUCUUCUUUGUAGACUGCAGCUUUCCAUUAAGCGCAGAGGAAGACGGAGGAAAAGCAACCGACUCGCAGAAGUUGGUUUUAUUAUUCUAGUCAAAAGCCGGACCAGUUCAUUUGUUUCAAGGUUCAUAAGUACUACAGCGACAGCCUUCAAACGCGAUCUGGAAAAGUUAUUAGAAGAAUUACCAAAACCCAGUAAAAACUUAGUAAGUGUCAAUUAAAAUGCGUUUCUUUCCAAGGGAUAUCUAAACAAUUACGUAUGAUUGUUCAGCUGUAAAAGUUGGUGGAGCGAGAAUACUGAAAGCUGCAAAUUCGUUCUUUUAAUGUGCGAUACUUACAGAUGUGUGUAAUAAUCAUAGAGCAUCAGUAUCUUCACUGUGUUAAUUCUUCAGUCGAACGAAGAAAGUGCCCAUGUAAUUUCAUUUAACACUCGUCAACUUAAGAUGAUCUGGAGUUCUGCGAAGGGAGGGAAGUAUUUUACAUCGCAUCACAAAUAAAUGGACAAACGAAUCUCCACUACGAUACAUUUACCGUCAGCAGUCGACGUACAGCAUGACAAAUAUCUUGAAGUGAAAUAAAUCCAGAAGUGCACGUGGCUUAUGGUUAGUGCCACAAUGACUCAGCAACACCAGUCGCUAGCGUUGUGUCAAGAUGGUGGAUCCACCAGUUUAUGUGGAAAGGAUUUCAGACAACGCACCCUUCGCUCCCUUAAAUUAUCACUGGGAAAAUUAUGGAAGCGGAGAUCAGUUACUAUUACGGAAUAUGACCCUACCUAUAAGGUAGCUUACCUUGGAAACGUGCUAACAGGAUGGGCCAAAGGUGAGGGUUGUGUGGAAAAGCCGCUGUCUACUCUGUGGAAGAACUACACGGGCAGCUCGAAGCCGGACGUGCAGAUGAAGGUGACCGUGACGCAGUCGGGCCUCAAGGCCGUAACGAAAGAACACGGCCUGACCGAGUACUGGAGUCACCGCAUCACGUACUGCGCAGCCCCGUCCUCCUUCCCACGAAUAUUCUGCUGGGUGUACCGCCACGAGGGACGGAAACUCAAACAAGAACUUCGAUGCCAUGCUGUGUUGUGCUCCAAAGAGGCUGUAGCUAGACGUAUGGCGUCUCAACUAAAAGCCAAACUAGCACAGUCACUGUCGGAGUUCAAACGUGACAAGGUCUGCCGGCAGAAUGCUCGAUUGUCUCUUGCAAAUUCUGUUUAUGAGAACCCUUCCUUACCGCGGAGGAAGAUUCUUCUGUCAACCGGUUCUCAUAACUACAGACCUCCACUUGAAAGAUCAAAAUCAGCUCCGAAACUCAUGGUCAUCGAGGAGAGUCUCGAAGAAGGAGAAGAAGAAUGCACAGAUAUACAGAGAGACCGUGUUAGUAGAUUGCACAAAGACGCCAGUGUUCUGAAUAGGCUGGAAGAAGUGUCUGGCGAAGAUACGUAUCAGGAUCAUCAGAAGGAAGCUGAGGAAUUAGCUCAGACAUACCACGACAAGGAUGAAACGGAGCAAUGUGACAGUCCGAGAUCUUUAGGGACUUUGAGGUUACAAAGGGUCAGGAAUGAAGUUCAUAAAGAGAGGAAUGUUAUUUCACUAGAUAAAUGCAGAAGUGUGGCUAGUGUUAUAUCGAGUGAUGAAGAGUUGGGCCAUUUAGGAACAAAUGGGUCGUUAGUGUAUAGGUUUGAUAAGGGUCGAGGAAACAUACUUGAUAGGCAAACAGCUACAAGUUGUGGUGUGAAAGCAUUCAGAGGAUCGGAAGGCGAAAUGAAGAGGAAAGUGUGUUGGAAUUUAGAAACUAGGAGUGACGGUGAAGACUCUGACAGCUGGAUUAGAAAUGUCCGCAAUCAUCACACGGAGAGAUUAUUGGUGAUCGGGUCCUGUAUUAAAGAUGGCAAUGCCCGGCGGUGUAUCCCUACAUCAGGAGGAAUGAGUGAAGAUGAUCAAGUUCAGAACAAUCAGAGGGAGUGUGAGAGUGACGAAGGGUCAACCAGUUUACAAAGUAUUUCUAGCAGUGCAAGUUCCAGUUCUGACAACUCGUCUCGCAUCGCUUCAGAUCUUAGACCUCUUGCCCCCUACGAGUAUGAGGACGCAGACAUCCGUACUCCUCAAGACGAGGUGGAGGUUGAUCUGCACCCUACGGGUGGACUUCUCAACAGAAGACAACAUGUUGCUGUUGACCUGGAUCGACUCUCGGCUCAACUCAAGCGAUCUGCGACUUUCCCUCCACCCUCAGCACUUGGUUGUGCCAAUGGCGGCGAGGUUUCUGAACUUGACUCACUGUCAGAGGAUGAUGAUGAUGCAACUGAAACCCCAGGGGAACAUGAGGAAGAGGAAGAGAGUGAUGAAAGUGGGUACGCAGAACUUAUGGACAUUGGAGUAAAAAAAUUGGGACAAGGUAUUAUCUCAGCCAACAAGAAAGAGACAGAUGUGCCCCAUCAUCAUCUGAUGAAGACUACCCUUAGGGCAAACAGUCGUAGUUCACAGUGCUUGCAGGUGUGACAUCACUUGGUCUUUAUUUAGCGAGGUCUGGUGGUUGUAUUGAUCUUAACACCUCUCCAGGUAUCACAGUAGGAACGUAGCUUACAAUUCACAUUUUGCCUUCCUUUAUAUGCCACAUGUGUUUACUGUAACUUCAUCAGGAUUCAUAACAUAUAAGAAAUAUUUAAUCAACUUAUAUUCCAUAGUGGAUUUCAUGCAAUAUGUAUUUUGGAGUAUCAAGGGCCUUUGCAGAUUUGCCAAAGACAUCUAGUACUUAGAAUCCUGACUCUAUAGUCACAAAAUGUCAUAACCAGUAAUUCAUUUCAAUGAACAGCUACACUACAGCUUUCUGCACUCUUACUCUUGAAUAAUAAAUUGAGAGGUCAGUGUUACAUCUGUGCCCACUGUUCAUUAAAGAACCCUUUAAAAAUUUCACAUUGUUAAUUUAGUAUGAAUUUGUUUUGAAAUUCAUUAAUUAAGUAACCAGUAUUACAAUACUUCAAAUACUUGAGAGAUGACUAUUUCUAGAAGUUUCCUUGGUCAUAAUUAUCAGUAUAAUCACAAAUCAAGGACAAGAUGACUAAACUCUUUUGCUAUCUUCUUAGUUCCGAUUUAUUGGAAGCACUUUAGAGGCAAUCGUACAGAAGAUUACAAAUUUAAUUUUACAUAUCUUAUAGCUAAAAUUAUGUUGUAUACCACAAACAAUAAAAUACUUUAUAAAGGAAGGGUGUCGUGCGUUAAAAAGUGUGGUACUGGGGUGUAGUGUAAGCGCUUUUGACUGUAAUGAACAUUUGCAAUGACAAAGUGGAAAUGAGACGGGUUCAGCAUGUGACGCCAUUAUUAUAUGGGGUGAAUGCGAUGGUGAAUAUGUGCUCUCAGAUAGGAAUGGAGAAACUUUGGCAUGUAAGUGACUUAUGACGUGAUAUGUUAAGAUAAAUAACAUAAACAUGGCAGUUUUUAAUGUUAACAAUCAUUCCAAAGACUCAAAGUUUCUGUAUUUUCAGUCCAUAUGACAACUUAUGAAUCUUUAACUGAGUUGCCAAAGUUUGUCUGAUCCUGCUUUAGAAUAUUAAGUAAGGAUACAUAUCGAUUAGUAAGCGUACUCAUAGCACUAUUGAAAAUUGUAACAAUAUGUUGUAGUAUUCUUGUCAGAGUGUAAUGGAAAUGGAAUCAAAAUACAAAUUAGUAAUUAUGUUUGUUUUCAAUGUUUUCUUCAUCAGUCUUAUAGUCAGAUUACCUCAUAGCAUCACAGCCAAAGAUUUGCGUACUCUUAGGUUAGAAAUGGAGUGUAUGUAGUGCUCGUCUGACUGCAGUAUUUUCUGUAUUACAGUAAAAGAGGGUAUUUUGUUGCCAAAUGACUUUCUUUAGUUCUGUAUUAUCAUCUGAAUAACAUAUCAAAUACAAUGUAGGAUAAUUUCUUUUCUGCAUAAAAUUCAUGUCCAGUUUACUUUCAAUAUUGCAACACAUCCAAAUGAGAUAAAAACAGAUUUAUGUUUUGAACACAUAAUUACCAACAUGUGAAGUAUAAGAACAUUACCAAUAAAAUUAUGAAAAAGUGAUAUUAUUAUCGUUACUAAAUAUAAUGCACACAGUUAGCUCUGUCUUUUUCUUAUCUUAUGAACAUCAUUAUUGCUGUGGGUGCGACAGUUUAUCUCUUUAGGUCCCUGAAUAAUUUGCAUAUUAAAUUACUCCAAUUGUCUUGUUGCAGGUACUGUGUAGUAUGGCAGGGACAUGGAAUUUCUUUUUGUUAGCAUUAUAGAUUCAAUUUUCAAACGUAUAGCCUCGUCUUCAAAAUCUUAUAAGCAUCCAGUAAUUAUUUCUCUAUGAGGGCCUGGUGCAUUAUGAGGUCUGAAAUUAUAAAAGUUAACAGCAAUAAUCUGAUUUUACUACAACAGACUCAUAAUUACAUACAACUGGUCAAUACUUAUAGGAAAACCGCUAAUGUUGAACUGUAGGAGAGUAGUUACUGUGGUUUCAAGGACUCAAGAUGCACACUGAAAAAGAUUUAGACCUGCAAGUGGUAGAAUGGUAGAAUGCCAAUUAAAUGCCUAAUUUUCCAGAUUGUUCACUUAACUGACUCAUGAUGACUUUGAAUACUCAAGAGUUUAUGGGGAAGAAAUCUAGCAGAUUAUGUAUGCAUUACACUCGGUGAACAGAGAUACUUCACGAUUGAUAAUUGUACAAUGUCCAGUGGCAUCAAAACAUAUUUUAUUAUGUGAGAUUUCAGGUUCUCAUGAUGGCUGUCUUAUGGGUUGUUAACCAUGUUGUUUGGUAGAAAUUUAUUAAUUUAAACCUUUACCAGACUGCAUAGCACAAUAACACAGAAGACACCCAUUUUCAUGUUGUUAUUACAUCCAUUGUUUGAAUGCUCAUGUGUAUAAGGAGUAAUUUAAUGUAUUUUUGCAGACAGAAAAUCUUCAUUCAGAAAUUAACAACAUAAUUGAAAAUAAAAGCAGUGCUACAAAUUAAAAUUAUAGUAACAGUAUAAUGCUACUCCUUUAAUAUGUUUGUCAUUAGUGUUAUAAAUAUAUAAACAAAGUGUCAAAAGCACCCAUUUGUCACUACAGGUUUUCCUAAAAGUGAAAUUUGUUAGAAUAAUGAAAUUGCUUAUUUAUUAUAAGAACCCUUAAAUAUAUACAUCGAUUGAUUAAUUUUGCAUUUACUGCAGCUUUGUUCUGGUCACUUUGUGAAAUUAGCAAUUAAUAAGCAGUGGUCAUAAUUGCAUAGCAACCAGACUUGAGCUGCAGAGACACAGAAAAUUGUGUGCAAGGUUUUAAUUUAUAACAUAUGUAACGCAUGGGGUAAGACAGAAAUGAAAGUACACGUAUUGCAACGACUGAUUAUAUUUUACACAGACCCAUCAUUUUUAUCCUUGUAAUGUUAGGAUGCCUGGCUUUAGGGAGAACAUCUUGCAUGGUUGUGAAUUAUACACUUACAUAUCAAUAGGAGUAUUCACCACCUUUUAUACACAACACUCAUAUUUCCUACACAAUUACAAUGAACUUUUGAGUUAUGUCAGUUUCUUUUAUUAGUAGUAGAAAAAUGGUAAAACUCAUUCUUAGAAUAAGUCAUAUUUGACUGUUUUACCAAUAAUUUAAUUUAAUUUUUUAUUUUAUAAUGAUGAAAUGAAAUGAAUGCUAUAAAACAUUCUGUAUGUCCUUAGUUACAUUUAAAGCUAUAUGACUGAUUUCAUAUUAUGUCCUCAUUCACAAUUUGGCUUUUAUCUGCAUGAUUGGUAUAUGUAGUAUAAGAAACAAAUAGAAUUAAAAUCUAGUUUGAAGUGUUCACUGCAAAGUAAUAUUCCAGUAUGAUUGUAAAUUUCAUCUAAAGGGAAUUUGAGAUUAGAUAAUUAACAAUACUAAAGGGGCUUGUGCUACAAAGUUCCAACAAUUUAUUUAAAGAAUAUAAAUUUAGUAGGUAAUGAAAUAUUUCAUAUCUUAAUAUAGCUGUUGGCUAUUAAGGCAUUAUUUGUACUUACACUUGUCAUAUGGUGAUGAUAAAGGCUACAAAUCUCACAGUAUUUAAUAAAUAAACCUCUUAAUUUGGUGGACAUAAUAUAAGAAACAUAACUGUGAUAUGUUAGGUAAAGGAAAAAAAUAAAUUUGUGUGGGGAACUGAAUAUAUUCAGACAGUAACUUUUAUAAUACCAGGCAGAAUCCUAAACUUCAAGACUACAAACAUUGGUAUAUAAUUGUCUUUUAAAGCAACUGCCUGAAUGCAAAUUAAUUAUGUGAAACUUAAAUCUCAGUAACUAAUAUAUUUUGAUAUCCAUUAUAGUGUUUUGGACCAUAGUGGCAUUUCUAUAGUAUUCUUUGUUGAAAGUUCUGUAUUUUUUUAACUUUUAGUGCAGUGAUGAAAGAAGAAAGAUUCGGGGUUAAAAAAUUAAAGUGGUGAAGUAAAACGACCAUAUAAAAUUAAUGCAUGGAGAGACCAAAGAGUGGUACUUUAGUGAAAAUAUUUAGAUAAAUAUUAUUUUAUUAACUGCUGUAUACCUCUGCCAUAGUCAAAUGAAAAGGCUUUACAAUUUUUAAAACAUAUGCAAUAAAGUAAACAUUACUCCCUUCCUUAUUGACUUUUGUUAAUUCUGCUCUGAAUGUCUUAAAAUGUUUUAAAAUUAGACCCUUUUAGAACCUCUGGGCAAUGAAAAUAAAACAGGGAUCAAGUCAAUGGAUUAUCAAACACUGGUAUUUGCUUUUUGGCAAAAAAUCAUGUUAACUAAAAAGCUGUAUGGAAAGGCAAGCUGUCAUGAUGAAAAUCAUCUUGCCUGGUAUAGAUUUUGUCUUUUUGUUGUAAUGCAGUGCUGUAAACAUUAAAAUUGAAGCCAGAAUGCUUGAUUGUUAGUUUUUCAUGUAAAAUUUCACAGUGGAUUAUUUCUUUGACAUCAAAAAACAAUAUAUCUUUUUUAUAUAUUCAAGUCUCAGACACUGUAGACUUUAUGAUUGGAUACUGACAUCUGUUUCUCAACCUUACUAGAAAAUCGAGAAUCGUCACUUGUCAUUAUUUUUUCUUUUCCAGAAGCUUGUAUUAUUCUAACCAUUUUUAUAAAAAUCAUAAGAACAUUUCUUUUAUCCCCAUGUGUUUGAUAAUUGCAGUGAAGACACGCCCUGUGGUCUUCUGGGAUGAAGUCACUUCUAUCCUGAAGUUGAAGGUGAUAUUUUUCCACAAUGUUUGUAACCACCCACAAAGCUAGGUGGUGUCACAAUCCAAAAAACCAUAACUGACAACAAAAUAUUGUGUACUGUAACAACAAAGGAAACUAAAUCCAAACAACCGUCUGACACAGAAAUGCUAAUAGCAGUGCUUUUAGUUGCUGAUAGUAUGUACGAGUAUGCAGAAACAUCCAGUGAAGUAACCAUUUAGAAUCUUGAAACAGUGACAUGAUUAUUUACCUUUACUAAAACUAUGGAGAAUGUUAACUUCUCAUGAUGAUCAAUCUCUUUAAGAUUAAGAAAGUUACAGAUGAGGAAAUGCAAAAAGAUUGCAUAUGUUGGACUAAACAUUUUCCAUGCCAUAGCAAUGUAAGAAAUCUUAAUUCCGUAAAAGAAAUAACUUUAAAACUCUGUAUUUGAAGAGCAGGGGGAAACAGAUUUGAAAUGUUUCUCAAUAAUUCUUAAUAAAUCUAAUCAAUUCUUAAUUUCCUUUUAUAUGUAAUAUAAGUGCCCGCCGCAGUGGCCACGAGGUCUGAGGAAUGGACCUCGUGCGCCUGGCCACUGGGACCGUGGGUUCGAGUCCCACUCAAGGCAUGGAUGUUUGUCCGGGACUUUCUGUGUUUGUAUAGGUAGAGGCCUUGCGUUGGGCUGAUCACUCAUCCAAGGAGUCCUACCAUUGUCCAAAUAGAUCAAAAUGAAUAAAUAAAAAACCCCGACACCUACGGGUAAAAGAGAAAGAAAUAAAUGUAAUACAAGUAGAAGAGCUGGAGAAUUUAACAUUAUACAGGAUAUUAAUAAAACUAUAUGGCAGUACAGAAUGCGCAAGUCAUUUUUUUUUUGUUCCAGUAAAUUACAAUUCAUGAAGCGAAGUUUUUCAUGCUUCCUGUUGUGUUAAAAAUAAAAUUCUUCUAAGUAUGUAUGUAUUUACUUCUAAUACCUAUACUGAUUCUUUGCACAGAGUAUCACAAGAGGAAAAUGUAAAUGUAGUUGUAAAUCUUGCCAUUUUUUUGCUACCCCUGUGGAUACAGAAGUACAUGAAACUGAAAGUAUCAUUAUGUAACUAUUUCACUACUAAUAUAUAUUGCAUAAAUGGCAUGUAUUGGAAACUGCUGUUUUGCACUCUGUAGAAGGUAUACAAUAAUUUUUAUGUACUUUGAGGAACGAAAAUAAAAUAAAGGAAGAAUGUAGAAUA